AUCUGUCGGUUAAAGAGUCAGAAGAUGGCUGGCUGGAGACCGAUAUAUCAGAAAAGAUGGAUCCAGCCAUUGUUUUUGGCGGUGGGCCUUUCGUACAUUUGUGUGGCAGUUGUGCUUCUCAUUUUUGCUGGAAGUGUGCAAGAGCUUAGCUUUGAUUACACAGAUUGCGUGAAGUUCGAUUUGAGCAGCAAUGGAAAUGUGGACACUAAUGGAACAGCUGGAAAGAUGUGCAAAGAUAUUGUUCUCCAGCCAGGAUUCAACUCCUCCGAUCCAGGACCUGAUUUGAUAUGGAUUUGGAGAGAGCACUCAAUUUUAGCUUCUAGGUGCAUGUGCAUGCAGACAUUCACUGUGCGUAAAAAGCAGUUCAAGAAAGAAGUGAAGAUCUAUUAUGGACUCAUGGACUUUCUAGUGGACCAUAGACGCAUGCUCAUGUCACGUGACGAUAUGCAGCUAAGAGGCACAACUGUGAGUGUGGUCAACACGGAUCUCUGCUUCCCCUAUGACAAGGCAUACGAUGCAAUAGCAAGUACAUUUUACUCCGCACACAACUGUAUACAUUACAUGCUUAUUGCCUCUAUCAAUAUAUCUUCAAUUUUAUCAGCUUAUAAUAUAUGUGAUGUGAUGUGUGGUGUUGUGUGUGUGUGUGUGUGUGUGGUAGAGAAGGAGUUGCCGAUUGUUCCGUGUGGUGCUCUGGCCAACAGUCUCUUCAAUGACUCCAUCUCUCUCUACUAUAAUGGACACUCCUCUAUUCACACACCAUCAUCAUCUUCACUCGAACACAGUGAGCAGAGUGAUGGCCAAUCAUUUAAUUCUACUUCUGCCGGGAGAGGAGCGGUAGGAGUGAGGAAGAAGAUAAGGAGUGAACAAGUUGUGCCUCUCAAAAAGACUGGCAUCUGCGACAGGGUGGACAAACAGUUCAGGUUCAACAAUCCACCAGGAAGGGGAAGUUUGAAGGAUCGCUUCAAAGGAACGACUAAGCCGCCCAACUGGACCAAAUACAUCUACGAGUUGGAUCCCAACAACACGGACAACAACGGACUCAAAAACGAAGACUUGAUAGCUUGGAUGAAAAUUCCAACCACCAAAAACUUCCGCAAACUGUAUCGAAUCGUGGACCACGAGAAGGGCGGGAGGAAGUUUGCAGACGAUUUGCCACAAGGAUCCUACUCUUUUCUCAUUGAGUACAAUUACCCGGUCACUAUGUUUGGAGGUCGCAAGCUCCUUCUCAUCAAAAGCGGAGGCACCGCAAUGUUGGCUGAAUACAACUUCAUAGUCGGCUUCAUGUUUCUGUCGACCGGAGUUCUGGUUUUAUUUGGAUCACUAGUCAUGUUUCUUGUGGGUAAAAAGUAUUCAAAGAUGAGGGGAAUUCUGAAAAAGGACCCAAAUCCGGCCGAACUGCAGGCUAAAAACUUCAACACUAUCAAAAACUUGCUGACAAAUGUGAACAAAAACUGAUUUCUUUUCGCGUUCAACUUUUGAAGAAGCCAUUUUUUGGUAUUUAAUUUAAUAGUUUUUUUUU